AUGUCCUUGAAACGUAUCAACAAAGAGUUGCUUGACUUGGGAAGAGACCCACCAUCAUCCUGUUCUGCUGGUCCAGUUGGUGAUGACUUGUACCACUGGCAAGCGUCGAUCAUGGGUCCUCCAGACUCGCCAUACGCUGGAGGGGUGUUUUUCCUCUCGAUCCACUUCCCAACCGACUACCCAUUCAAGCCACCAAAAAUCAACUUCACCACGAAGAUUUACCACCCCAACAUUAACGGUACGGGUUCCAUUUGUCUAGAUAUCUUGAAGGACCAGUGGUCUCCUGCUCUCACCAUCUCUAAGGUGCUCUUGUCCAUCUGCUCCUUGUUGACCGAUGCCAACCCAGACGAUCCUUUGGUUCCUGAAAUUGCUCACGUUUACAAGUCAGACAGACCUAAGUAUGAGGCCACUGCUAGAGAGUGGACUAAAAAGUACGCUGUUUAG